AGAGACCAAGGGGACAAGAGGAGGAACAGGGUGUGAAGACGGGCCUCGUAGGGCUCGGAGGGAAGCAUCCAAAGCCAGCUGGUCUGGCUUUGAGGUAGAUCAAUGGGCAGAGUGACACAAAGGCAGCAGAAAGAAGAGGAAGAGUUGUAGACAGAACAGACGGAAGAGAUAAAGAAAGUCAAUACGUGCAGGGAAAAAAGGUGGAAAUUGGAACAGCAGGUUCUGUGAAGGCGUUUGUACCACGAUCGACAACAAACAGGACAUUUUUCCAAGGAGGACAAAACACCAGAGAGCUGAAAGCCAAGGAUGCAUUGAAUGAAAAAUAAGAGAUAGAAGCUGAACAUUCUUGGUCCAAUAAAGAGGAUAGUGUUUCUCUGAUUAUUUGAUUGUGGUGUGGUCUGCCGAAGAGUGCAUCGAGAAGAGUGAAAGGGUGUAUACAAGAAAAGAAGAGACCGUUGCACAAUGUACUAGGAGAGUGGGGCGAGAAAGCGUGUUGUUUUUCUGAUAUUGUAGAGGUGUCAGAGAGACCCAGGAAAGGACACAGCCAUGGGGCGGAAGAAGAUACAGAUCACCAGGAUCAUGGAUGAGAGGAACAGGCAGGUUACCUUCACAAAGAGGAAGUUUGGCUUGAUGAAAAAGGCCUAUGAGCUGAGCGUACUAUGUGACUGUGAGAUAGCCCUCAUCAUUUUCAACAGCUCUAACAAACUGUUCCAGUACGCCAGCACAGACAUGGACAAAGUGUUGCUGAAAUACACAGAGUACAACGAGCCCCACGAGAGCAGAACCAACUCUGACAUUGUAGAGGCGCUAAACAAGAAAGAACACAGAGGUUGUGAUAGCCCGGACCCCGAUGCCUCAUAUGUCCUCACUCCUCACACAGAAGAAAAGUAUAAAAAAAUUAAUGAGGAGUUUGAUAAUAUGAUGAGAAAUCAUAAAAUCCCCACAGCAUUGCCUCAGCAGAACUUCUCCAUGCAUGUGGCAGUGCCUGUAUCCAACCCUAAUGCCAUGUACCAGGCAGGAGGGACUCUGGGCAGCCAGGCCCUGGCAGCAGCCACGGCCUCUCUGAGCGAGAGCGGGAUGCUGUCCCCUCCACAGGCCUCUCUGCACAGGAAUGUUGGCUCCAGCGGAAGUUCCCAGAGGCCCACCAGUGCAGGCAGUGCAGGUGGCAUGCUGGAUACCACAGACCUUUCAGUGCCAAGUGGUGCGGGCUCCAGCCCAGCGGGGAAUGGUUUUGUUAACCCCAGGGGCUCACCGGGCCUCCUCAGCACACCCAGCGGCAAUGGCCUGGGUAAAGUCAUGCCCACCAAGUCUCCGCCACCCCCUGGAGGGAGCAUGGGAAUGGGAAGCCGCAAGCCAGACCUAAGGGUGGUUAUUCCUCCAUCAAGCAAAGGAAUGAUGCCCCCACUGUCGGAGGAGGAGGAAAUGGAUUUGAGCACCCAGAGGAUAAGCAGUUCCCAGUCCACCCAGCCGCUGGCCACUCCAGUAGUGUCUGUCACCACCCCCAGUUUACCCCCACAGGGUCUGGUCUACUCAGGCAUGCCCACCUCCUACAAUCCUGCUGAGUACUCCCUGAGCAGUGCAGAGAUCUCUUCCCUACAGGGCUUCAGCUCUCCUGGGCUCUCACUGGGCUCCAUGUCGGCAUGGCAACAGCAUCAACUGGGCCAGGCAGCUCUUAAUUCUUUGGUUGGUGGAGGUCACCUACCUCAGGGCUCCAACCUAUCCAUCAGCACCAGCCAGAGCAUAAAUAUCAAGUCCGAGCCCAUCUCACCACCACGGGAGCGCGUCACCCCAUCUGGCUUCCCUCCGCAACAGCCGCAGCAAGGGUCCAGCCGACAGGAAGUUCUGGGACGUUCACCUGCCGACAGCCUCAGCUCGUCUUGUAGCUCAUACGACGGCAGCGAUCGCGAGGACCACCGGCCAGACUUCCACUCCCCGCUGGGACUGGGCAGACCCCCUGCUGGCUCCGAGGAUAGGGAGAGCCCGUCAGUCAAGCGCUUGCGCAUGGACACAUGGGUGACAUAAAGAGCCCUGAUCAAGCCUCCAGUCACCAGCCAGCCAGAGAGGGGGAGGGGUUAGACAUGGAGAUAAAAGAAAGAGCAGGGGUCCUUAGAGCUAUCAUUAUGAUACUAUUAUUCAACUCCACUUCAAUUUGUAAGACUGAGAUGUAAUGUAAUAAGACGUAUCAGGACAUAUCUAAAAUAAAUUCUCAAGCUGAUAACAGUAAGAUUUUUUUAAAAAAUCAGUUAGCUGGACUGAAUUAUAUGCACGAGCAGGUGGUAUCAGGUACUUGGUGCAAUUCAGAUGACGUUUGCAGAAGAAAGAUGUUCAGAGAAAAUUGUUAAACAAUAGGCGGUAGAUUAUCGUAGUCACUGGUCUAGUCGGACACUUAUAUGUAGUUGCUGUUUUGCUGUUGUGCUCGGAAGUUGCAAACAAUCAGAGAAAGUUGUGUUGCUUUCAGGCUGAGGACCCUUACAUAUGAUGUUCACUGCACAAACUAUCUCUAAAAUCAUGCUGUAACCAUACAAGACCUUUAUCUCAAGUGGCCUCUUCUAAUUUAUUGAUUCAGUCGAUCAGGAGACACAGAGCUCAUGGAGUUCAUUAAGAUCACACAGGAAUUUUGACUAUACAGUAAAUAAUUGCAACAGUUGAAACAACUUUAGUGAACACAUGAAACAAUAAUGUUGGACAUAAAAGUAAAAUAGCAACAGAAUUUAUUGCAAUAAUGACAAACUAUUCAUUUUAUAAUUUAAAAGAGUAGGAUAUAUUAAUGUGCAAUUAAGAUAGUGCGAACCUGUCCAGUUGAACUGGUGAGAAAGUCAACAUGUUCACAUUUGUGUAACAGUUCAUCAGUAAUAUAAGCCAAAGCUGUUCUUUUGCGUUGUUUUGUACAGUUGCUAUGAUUUCCUAACAAUUCACUCAAAUGCACCAUUUCUUUCAUCAUAGUUUUUAUUUUUUAAUGUGCUUUAUUAUAGUGUAAAGUCAUGUAAACCAGAUCUUGAAUCAAUAUCGAAAGCCAUGAACAUUUGCUGUUCUGUUUGUAUAAUUGAAAAAAAUUUGAGCCAAACAUUGUCUUUUUGUUGUGUAAAUAGCGACUUUAAUAUAUAUUACAAGGGUGUGAGUACAUACUGAAUGUACUGUAUGAUCACCGUUUUCAAGAAAAGUAUAUUUUUGUGGUUUACAGCCAAGUUUACAAGAGUAGACCUUCAGAAAGUCAAUGAUUCACUGGUCAAUAUUUGCUAUUUCAUUUAGUCUCUCUAAAUUGAACAUAAACUCCCAUGUGUUUUAGUUCCAGAUGGUCAAUUUGUUUUGUCUCCUCUUUAUUAGUGGUGAUUGUUUGCCCUGAAGACAUUGUAAAAAAAAAAAAACAAUGCUGUGAGGUUGAAGUUCCACUAUUUUCAUAUUUUUUGAAGGAUGAUCACAAGGCUAGGGGAAAUUGUUUCUUCCCACCUAUUGUGUUAGCUUGUCUUAGUUGUAUUUCGGCAGCUGCUGAAUACACUGCCACCAUUCAAUUUCCAAGGUCCCAGCCCCGCAUUGAAGAAUAAUCUAUUGUUUUUGCAUGUAGCUCAACUGAAAGACAUGGCAUCUCUCAAUUUUCUAUUUCCACUAGCCCUGUUAUUGGUUCAUGGACUUGAACGUGACAGAAGUGGCUCACACAGAACUGAUGAUGCCUGUGUCCACGUGUGGUUGUAAAUAUUGCAGUUUACUUGAAUUAUUAGUCAUAAUUAUGUGUAAAAACAAUACUCUUGUGUUUCCUUAAUUGGCUCCAGAAAUUGUAUCUUUAUACCCACGCCCCAUUAUUAAGAGCACUGCAUCCCCAGGAACCUUAGGAGCCAGAAAAUUUUAAAUUGAAAUGUGUUGAAGUCAUGUGCUAUAGACAGAAGGGGACAAAAAAAAAGGGGGCUGUGACUUUUUUUCUUUCCCAUCCUCACAGAAACAGAUCAUUCAGCAGCUAAAUCAUAAUACGACACACUGACUGACUUCAAUCUCACUGCUGAAAGGCACACAUUUGUAUGAGAAGUUUGCUGUACGAGAGAGAGGUGUUGCUCUGCAUUCGCCACGGCACGUCUUGUGUGUGUCUCUGAGGUUUGCUGACCUUCGUCAACCCCCCCCCCAAUCAUCAGCUCCACGGUAGUUCUCAGUUUACGCCCGUAAUGAAUCUAUGCAGUUUUAACCCCAGUUCCCAUGAAACACACAGAAGAUGAUGUCAUUACAGGCCAUAUUUAGUCUGCGAUGCAUGAGGAAGAAGAGUGUAGACUGUUAGCCUCUUAUUCUGAAGUGCCCCAGCUGAGAGUUACUGGACUACAAGCUACAUAUAUAUAUAUAUAUAUAUAUAUAUAUAUAUAUAUAUAUAUAUAUAUAUAUAUAUACAUAUAUACACAUAAUGCAUUUCACCGAUUGAUUUAUUUGGAUACCCCAGGGCAAUCUUCCUCAUGUUCAUAUAUAUAUUGGUAGACAUACUUUAUAUAAUGUAUAGUGAUCCAUAAUGUAAUCCAGUUUAACACAGCAGGUGAAAAUAGCAAUAAUAAAUGACUACAACAAAAACUGUCUGCCUGUCUCGGCAGCAUCACCUCGUAGUUGAGCACAUAUUUUAGCACUCAAUAACAUAUCAGGGAAUUUUGUAGUUGCUCUGUCUAUAUGCACAGUUAGGAAAAUGCCUUAUCCCAAAGAAAAAUUACACCACUCUUAUUUUCUCUCAGUUGAAGAUGCAGAUAUCACUCAAACUCGACCAGACUUGCCUCUUCUCAGAUAGGACUCACACAAGAAACAUGCCUGGCGGAUGCACCGCGAUACACUUUGCUCUUUUGGUCUUUGUCCAAAUUGUGCACAACUGAUGAAUGUGAAAGGAAAGGGUAAUCAAUGAACCUCUGUAGAGGACUUUCUUCACUUUGCUGUGCAAGAGUACACUGCUUUGCUUCAUGGCUUUUAUAAACAGAACUACGUGUUUGGUAAGUGUUUGUAGUUGAUAGUUCACUUAACUAAAGAAGCUGUUUUCGGUUUGAAUGCUCAGACCGUUUGGCGGCACAAGCUGGACUUUGUUGCCAAUAAUGAAAUUAUUUGUUUCAAAAUCGAAAUAGAUUUUAAGUUAAUCUACAUUUUAUUUCCCUUGAAUGUGUUAUUUUAUUUUCGUCAUACAAUAAAUAUUCAAGUGAACUUUUUAUUAAACAAUUAAGAUACUAUGCUAGAUGUUGUUGUACAAAAUUUGUAUUCUUCACAAAAGUACAAAAUAUUGGCUUUUAAUGUGUAAUUUAGGUUAUCUCUCUUAUUCUGUAUAAAAUGAAGUAAACAACUCUUUCAUAGAAUUCGUUCUCCUGUGAAGUCCCAAACAGUAGAAACUGUCAACUUUAUUAAACACCUCAGUGUAUGCUCAAUCUGAA